GACCCUCCGGCGGGGCGGGGCACGAGGCCGGAGGCUCCACACCUCCUCACUGCCCGGCUCGGCCCGGCGGGCGCAGCAGCAAGCCGGGCGCGGGGCCGCCCCGGGGGGCGCGGGCGCAGGUGGCCCAGCGUCCUGUGGAGCCCCAGGGUCCUGGAGCUGCGGCGCUGGGCAGGUCGAUCGGGGAUCGAUACAGCUCCGGCAGCACCAUGUCUCAGGCAGCAGAGGCCCCGCCAGCCGGCCGGGCAGCGGUCCGAGGUGGCCCGGCUGGGGCGCGGUAGCGGCGAGGACGGGUGCGCGGCCAGGAGCCUCCCAGGCCCCCGCCCUCGAGACCCAACUCCAGCCCGGGCCGGAACUAGUUGGGCCGGCUGCGGAGAGCCAGGCUGCAGGGCCGCCCGCCCACCAUGCCGGCGGUCAAGAAGGAGCUACCCGGCCGCGAAGACCUCGCCCUGGCUCUGGCCACCUUCCACCCGACCCUGGCCGCGCUGCCACUGCCGCCGCUGCCCGGCUACCUGGCGCCACUGCCGGCCGCGGCCGCCCUGCCCCCGGCUGCCUCGCUACCAGCCGCGACCGCGGGCUACGAGGCGCUCUUGCCCCCGCCUCUCCGCGCCCCGCGCGCCUACCUGAGCCUGCACGAGGCCGCCCCGCACCUCCAUCUGCCCAGAGACCCUCUGGCCCUCGAGCGCUUCUCGGCCACUGCGGCCGCGGCACCGGAUUUCCAGCCGCUGCUGGACAACGGCGAGCCGUGCAUCGAGGUGGAGUGCGGCGCCAACCGCGCGCUGCUCUACGUGCGCAAACUCUGCCAGGGCAGCAAGGGUCCGUCCAUCCGCCACCGCGGCGAGUGGCUCACACCCAACGAGUUCCAGUUCGUCAGCGGCCGCGAGACGGCCAAGGACUGGAAGCGAAGCAUCCGCCACAAAGGGAAAAGUCUGAAGACGCUUAUGUCCAAGGGGAUCCUGCAGGUGCAUCCUCCGAUCUGCGACUGUCCAGGCUGUCGAAUAUCCUCCCCGGUGAACCGGGGGCGACUGGCAGACAAGAGGACAGUUGCCUUGCCCCCUGCCCGUGUCCUGAAGAAGGAGCUGACCCCCAGCUUCUCAGCCAGUGGUGACAGUGACAGGAGUGGCCCGGCCUGUGGGCAGCGGCUGGGCUUGAAGCAGGAGGACGACCCGCAUGUCCGUAUCAUGAAAAGAAGAGUCCACACCCACUGGGAUGUGAACAUCUCCUUCCGAGAGACGUCCUGCAGCCAGGACAGCGACCUUCCCACCCUCAUAUCCAGCCUGCGUCGCAGCCGCCACCUCGUUAUGCCCGAGCAUCAGAGCCGCUGUGAAUUCCAGAGAGGCAGCGUGGAGGUCGGCCUGGGAGCCGCAGGUGACCUGUUGGGCAAGAGGCUGGGUCGCUCCCCCCACGUCAGCGGUGACUGCCCUUCGGAGAAGAAGGCCCGAAGCAAGUCCCCUCAAGAGGGUCCAUUGCUUCCGGAACUAGGGCCCGGCAUGGCCCCCGAGGACCAUUACCGCCGGCUGGUGUCCGCCCUGAGUGAGGCCGGCACCUUUGAGGACCCUCAGCGUCUCUACCACCUGGGCCUCCCCGGCCAUGGACAUCCCCAUACUCCUUACAAAUGCCCACCUGGCCCCCCUCCCAAGACCGGUGGGUGCCACCAGCGGGCCUUGCACUGGGAUGUCUGGUGUCGGCCCUGCCCCAUGGCCUUCUACUCGUCUUUCUGUCCCGGUGACGAACCAGCAGGGUCGGUGGGAGAAUGUGCUCCGGGUCUGCGUGUCCUUGGCCAGUGUACUACAGGGUGUGGGGGACGUGAGGGCCUGGUGGGGGCUGGCCUCUGGGUCACUGCUGCUGCCGCCCCCUCCUCAGAUCUCCUGAGGGUCCAGCAGGAAGUGGCAGCGGCAGCCGCGAGGAGCCCCAGCGGCCUGGAAGUCCACCUGCCCUCAUCCACAGCAGGUCAGCGUCGGAAGCAGGGCCUGGCUCAGCACCGAGACGUCACCGCCCCAGCUGGCGCCCCGUCCUUCUCAGAGAGGGAGUUGUCGCAGCCGCCCCCCUUGCUGUCGCCCCAGAAUGCCCCCCACAUCGCUCUGGGCCCCCACCUCAGGCCCCCCUUUUUGGGGGUGCCCUCGGCCCUGUGCCAGACCCCAGGCUACGGCUUCCUGCCCCCUGCCCAGGCGGAGAUGCUCGCCCGGCAGCAGGAGCUCCUGCGGAAGCAGAACCUGGCCCGGCUGGAGAUGUCAGCAGAGCUGCUGCGCCAGAAGGAGCUGGAGAGCGCGCACCGGCCGCAGCUGCUGGCACCCGAGGCCGCCCUGCGCCCACCCGACGGUGCCGAGGAGCUGCGGCGGCGCGGGGCCAUGCUGGUGCUGAGACACAGCUCUGCGCCCCUGCUGGCCCUGCCUCCCCAGGGACCCCCGGGCCCCGGUCCCCCCACCCCGCCCCAGGAGCCUGCCCGCCGAGCUCCUCGGAAGGGGGGCCCCAGCCCUGCCUCAGCCCGGCCCAGUGAGCCCAAGGAGACCACAGGGGCUGGGCUCUGGGCACAAGACGGCUCUGAAGAUGAGCCCCCCAAGGACUCAGACGGAGAGGACCCCGAGAUGGUGGCUGCUGGGGGCCAGGGCCCAACUGGAGGGGCCAGCUCUGAGGGGAAGGGGCUUGCCUCAGGGUCCAUGCUGCCCCCUCCACUGCCCCUGGGCUUGCCCUACACGGUCAGCCCCUACUUCCACACAGGCGCCACGGGGGGCCUCUUCAUGGAUGGGGAGGGGGCCACAGCGCCCGAGGAUGUCAGCAAGUGGACAGUGGACGACGUCUGCAGCUUUGUGGGCGGCCUGUCCGGCUGCGGAGAAUAUGCACCGGUCUUCAGAGAACAGGGGAUUGACGGGGAGACCCUGCCCCUGCUGACAGAGGAACAUCUCCUGACCACCAUGGGGCUGAAGCUGGGGCCUGCUCUCAAGAUCCGGGCCCAGGUGGCCAAGCGCCUGGGCCGAGUCUUCUACAUGGCCAGCUUCCCCGUGGCUCUGCCGCUGCAGCCACCAACACUGCGGGUUCCUGAGAGGGAGCUCAACUCGGGGGAGCAGCCCCUGUCCCCAGCACCGGCCCCCUCGCCCUAUGGGGGCGCGCAGCCCCCUGCCAGCCGAGCCUCACCCAAGCAGGAGAAUGGAACCAUGGCUCUGCUCCCAGGGCCCGCGGACCCCUCCCAACCUCUGUGCUGAGCUGGUGUCAGACCCCCCAUCCUUCACUGCCGGCUGCUCCCUGGCAAAGGCCCCCAACCCCACAGCUUAUCCUCCUUUCGGUUUUGGAUGCAAAAACACAAUUUUUAA